AUGGCCAAAAGUAAGAGAUUCAAAUCCCCUCAAGAACUUUGGGAGUCCUUGUCAUCAAAAUCUGUACACCUUGUUGAAGAAAUAUUUUUUAAACUUGGACUGUUGGUUGCAAAACAUCCAUGGAAGACAGUCACAUUGACUCUAUGCUUUGUAUCCUUAAGUUGUAUAGGAGUGUUAAAAUUCCACAUUGAGAAGAAUCCAAUGAAUUUGUGGGUGCCGCCAGACUCUGACUUCUUUCAAGACACAAAUUGGUAUAUAGAUAAUUUUGGUACUGGCUUUAGACUCCAGAAGGUAAUUAUUACUGCCAAUGAAAUCCUGGACCCUCAAGUGUUAGUUGCUAUACAAAUUUUGACUGAAAGAGUAAACUCAAUAAAAGUGAAUUAUCAAGAUAAAACAUACUCAAUGAGUGACUUGUGUUAUAAAGUUCCUAUUGUUAAUUUGUUUAGUUCAGGUAGAGACAAAAGAUCCUUGGACUCUUUAAAUAAUAAGCACACAAACAUUAAUAAAAAUAGCAGUAAUAUAAUUAGUGACUAUUCAGACCCAACUCUUUGGGUCGAUGAUGAAUUCUACUGUGAGUUUUUGGAAAGUUUUCAGUACACUUGCCUUCAAAACAACAUUUUGGAUCUGUGGAAAACUAAUAUGACUAAUAUAAAAAACUUAACAAGACAUGAUAUAAUAAAAAAAGUGCAAAAUGUCAAAGAGAAUCCUAUUACGGGUCAUCCCUUUGAUUAUACACAGAUUCUUGGAGGCAAGGAAUAUGAUGAGCAUGGGCAAUUAGUGUCAGCUAAGUCUGUUAUGUUAACAUGGUACACUCAGGUUAACAUGACUACUAUUGACCUUAAUGAAGUGGGCAACUUGGUUGGCACUGAAGAUUGGGUGUCUAUUCCGUUGUCAAUAUGGGAAGGGAGUUUUCUUGAGACAAUAGGUUCCAUGUCCCUUAACUUAACAGGAACUCAAAUAUUUUAUGAGGCUGGAAGAAGUUUUGCUGAUAUAAGUGGCAGUGUUAUGGUUAAAGACUUAGACAAACUAGUUUUAGGUAUUUUGUUGAUGUUUUUUUAUAUUCAAUUUGCACUCUCGCGGUUCAACUGGCUGGAAGUUAAAUUGACUUUGGGUAGUGUUGGUCUAUUGUGUGUUGGACUAGCAUACGCUUCCACCAUAGGAUGGUGUUCAAUUUUUGGUGUAUCAUUUGGACCAGUUCACUCAUCUCUGCCUUUUCUUCUGAUGGGCCUUGGUGUCGACGACAUGUUUGUGAUGAGUGCCUGUUGGGAGAAUCUUCCUGAAUCAGCAUCACAAAAAAGUCUUCCAGUGAAAAUAGGUUUAAUGCUAAAACACGCUGGUGUAUCUAUCGUAAUUACAUCGUUUACUGAUAUUGUCGCCUUACUUAUUGGUGCUAUAACGAUAUUACCGUCAUUGAAAUCGUUCUGUAUAUACGCCGCGGUAGGUGUCUUUUUCAUAUUUUGCUUGUCUGUCACGUUUUAUGUGGCUGCAUUCACAUUAGAUAUUAAACGAAUGCAAGAUAACAGGAACGGAGUUUUGUUUUGUUAUAAACACAAAAGAGAAAUCAAAGUAGUGACAAAUAAAACUAUAUUUCAGCGUUGGUUAGCAUUUUUUUACAAACACAUCGUGUUUACUAUCCCGGGUAAAAUAGUGGUCAUACUAUUUACAGUCAUCGUAACUGGCUUUAGUAUUGAAGCAGUCUGUCACCUCGAGCAGAGAUUUGAUCCGAAAUGGUUCAUCCCUGAUGAUACAUAUUACCACAAAUUUCUUACUGCACAUGACUAUUUUUAUCCCGAGGAAGGCAAUAUGGGAAUGGUAUUUCUAGGUGAAAUGGAUUAUAUAUAUGAAUUUACAAGUUUACAUAACAUGAUGGAAAAAUUAAAAUCAUCAGAGUAUGCCAACAACUUCGUUGACUGGGCCGAUUCUUUUCAUAAAUAUGUUUUACAUAAUUACAAUCGAGACCUGCUUAAAAAUGAUUCAGCGAUAAAAGAUUCUGAGUUUAACAUCUAUUUAUCUAGAUUUUUACACAGUCCUAUAGGAGGUAGAUAUCAAGUGAAUUUAAAAUUCGAAAAACAGUUUUCGUGCGGCAAGCCUGCAUCAAAAAUUCAAGCAUCUACAAUGUCUUUUAGGUUUAAGAAAUUUUUGGGGCCCAAAGAAUAUUUACCCGCAAUGAAUGGUGUAAAAAAUCUUGUGAAAUCUACGAAUAUAACGACUGGAGAUGGUUAUCGAAGUGUCUGGUCAAAGGUUUUUGCCACUUGGGUCACAGAUGAAAUCAUCGCUGUAGAAGUAGAAAGGAAUAUAGAAUUAGCGCUAGUUUGUGUAAUGGUUUGCACGGUUAUACUGAUAACGAAUCUGCAAAUGUGUUUGUGGAUAUUUCUAUGUGUUUUAUUAACACUUAUUAAUGUGUUAGGAUGCAUGCAGAAGUGGGGUAUGACAGUAGAUAUCGUUUGUUGUAUAGGACUUGAACUUGCGAUAGGGUUAUGCGUAGACUAUGCGGCUCAUGUUGGUCACACCUUUUUGACUAUAAAAGACGGCAGUAAUUUAGACAGAUCCUUUAAAACAGUCACAUCAAUUGGAUUGGCAGUCCUAAAGGGAGGAGGCUCCACUUUAUUAGCAUUAUCUCUCCUCAGUGCAUCUAAAGCAUAUACUUUUCAAUCAUUUUUCAAAAUUUUCCUUUUAGUAAUUUUCUUUGGAUUAUUCAAUGGCUUAGUGUUUCUGCCUGUUUGCCUCUCAUUAAUAGGUCCGAGUGCAUACAGCUCAAAGGAGCCUCAGAAUACAACUGAGAUGGUAGCGUUAAACGAGAAGAAUGAUAACAUAGAAAAACAUUUGAACGACGGAUGA